AUGGUCGUGUCCGUAGCACUUGUAAUCCUUGCCCUUCCGCCUUCGCCGAAUCUGGGAAAUCAUCGCUUACGUCGAUUACGUAGCUUGACUGAAGACGGUGACCACGUUGCUGGUGCUUCCUCGGCUCGUAACAGGCGGCGAAAUCCUCAAGGUCCUACACGUGGCGAUGCUGGUCCAAGCCUACCAGCCCAGCACAGUCAGGAACGAGAGCAAAACCAACGAACCAAUCGUCCGCAUCAUGAUCAAGAAACUUCUGUUGAUGCGUGGUCUUCU